GUUUCCGCCUAAUAAUUUGUAUUCAGCUAUAAGUAUUUUGUGUAUAUUGGUAUAUGUUACUGAAUUCUGACAUUUUUAUCUAUCAUUUUAAGCCAGUAUUGAUCAUGUUUGUCACCGUGGACGAGAGAUACUUUUAUGUAUUUGCCUUCCUGCUGCUGAUAAACAACGUGUUGGUGCAGAGUGUCCAUGUGGUUAAUGGAACUCAAGGACGUAGCGUCAUCUUACCGUGCUCAACCAGUGAUGUUAAAACGAACGUGUAUUGGCGAUACAAUGACAGCACCACGGUGUGCGACAUCAUCAAUGGCAAAGCGGACUUUGAGGAGCAGCACGUAAAGUACAAGGGCAGGGUGGAGACUUUUCAGACAGAGUUUCCAAAAGGCAACUUUUCCAUCAAACUGAACAACUUGACGAUGUUUGAUGCUGGAAUGUAUACCUGCAACUUCCCUAGAACACUUAUACCGGUGGCAUCGUACCUGAAAGUUACAGCAACAGAAAUCCAAACAAAUCAGAGUGUCAAGAACAGAACACUGAGGCUACGGUGUCUUUCUCACCCAAUGUAUACAAUUGAAGACUGGGGAAACAUCACCUGGUCUGCUGAAUCUUCACUUGUGUUGUGAUGCAGAUGGUAGGAUCAGAAUCUGUGCAACAUUCUGGAGAUGGUGCUGGGACUCGGUGGUGUAAUGAUCUGGGGAAUGAUUUCUUGAUGCACAUUAGACCAAUUAGUUAACAUGAGUAUCGUUGUUGAUCACGUGAACAUCUCAGACACCAUCUCUCUAUUUUCUUUUUCUGAAAAAAAUUCUGCAUGAUGAAAUCAUGGCAAUAUCCAGAAUCUCCAAAUCUCCAGUGAAACAAGUUCCUACAAGCUAGAAACUCAUUGUUGACAUUUUUAAAGCUCUUAUUUUGCUUGAAUGCAGCCCUGUGGAUGUGGAUUAUUAACAUAGUCACAUGAGAUUUGUGUUUUGAUAAAAACAUUUCCACACUUCUUCAUUGCUACAUGAUUGAUCAUCUGCAGUUAUUUUUCUCUACAAUUAUAUUAACAGUAGAAGAAAUUUGCAUAACAACAAAGAAACCUAUGGUAAGUACUGCUUAGAAAUGCCAAUGACCGCAUGUUAAUCAACCGCCCUCAUUCUCCUCGGGGUCUGUUUCUGUUCACUGUUGUUAAUGGAAAAUUUUUUAACCCAGCAUUGUGUAACUGCAUGCUGCUAUGCUGUGGUACAUGAACUUGAUUUAAAAAAAAAAAAUCAUCAUAGAUAAAACUUUGAUCUUAAAACCCAUCAAAUGUUGUGUACCAUAGAAACACUUACUGUUUAUGAUAUAACUCUGUCGACUGUGUGUUUUUGCUCCACAGAGAACGGAAGUGAAAGUCUCGUGAGAAGAUCAGACAGUCUUUUGAUUUGCCUGCUGGGUUACAUGCUGCUGAGCAACUGAAUUACCUGAAGAGGACAAAAAGUCAAGUCUGUUAUUUGGGUUGCACCUAAAAUAGUCCUUACAGCAUCUCUUCUGCAGUUUUUGCUCUCAUUUCUGCAUAGUACAGCAUUUAAAAGGCAGGCACGUGUGACCACAGUAUUUAUUGCUAAAAAGAAUUUUUCUUGCACUAUGAUUAUUUUUAUAUUUUAAAAAACUUUAUAAACCAUUAGUUACAAACUGCAGUUAAAUAUGUAUGAAACAUCAACACAACACUCAGAAUAUUGUCUCCUUGUGAUCUUAUAGAUGCUAGUGUUUGUUAAUCAUAAAAAAAAUAGACAUUGCAGCAUUUCAGACUUUACACGACUAUAUAUAUGUGAAUUAACACUACUUUUGUUAAUAUUAUUAUUUAUUUAAUUCCCACAAAUCUCACCUUCAUAAUACACAAGUGUAGUCUCAUUUCAAGCAUUUUUCAAGCAUUUUUUUAUAGAAUUUCUUUUUAUAGAAUGUUCAUCUUUGUAAACCUUUUUUUUUUUUACCACAUGACUGAAUUUGCUGAUGCCUAGUGUUUGUCUGUCUUUCCUGAAGUUUAGUAAAAAUAGUCAUGCUUGA